AUGGUAGGGAUGUUUGACACCGGUGAAAUCCUGAGGUUGUCCGAAUACAACUUCAAUGUUGACUCAAGAGCCAUCGUAGUGGCAAUCGGUAGCUCAGCCAACGUUACCCGAUGGAAGGUAGUGGAGCAGCUGGGACUGUUGGAUCAGAUUGUACCAGUAGCUCGGGUCCUAAACGGGUUUAAUAUGGCAUGUGAAACUACAAAGGGCGAGAUCACACUGCCAGUAAACACGACCGGUGUAGUUCUGCACAUAAAGUUCUAUGUUAUUAAGGGGGAGAUGAGAUACGACGCCUUGCUCGGAAGAUCGUGGUUGCACAUCAUGAGGGUGGUACCCUCAACCUUGCACCAAAUGCUGAAAUUUCCAACCUCGGAGGGAGUAAAAAUCAUUCAUGGAGAGAAACCUGCGGCAAAAGAAAUGUUCGCUAUUGAAGAAGCUGUUCAAACACUGAGGAAAGACAUGCACGAGGGUGCGGAGGAUGCAAAUGAAAUAAGAGCGAAAUAG